AUGCAGGCGAAUCGAGGGAAUGCCGAGGCCCUGGGUCGAAAGGCCAAGCUUGCUCGAUCAUAUCAAGAGCUCCUCGACGAAUUCUCGAGCAAGGAUCUCGGCUCCGUCGGCAACUACACCCUCGGUCGUUUGAUAGGAAAAGGCUCAUUUGGCAAGGUCUACUUGGCCACCCACAAGCUCACCAAUGGCUCCAAGGUCGUUCUCAAGUCUGCGAACAAAGGCGACUCGAACCUCGCUCGAGAAAUCCACCACCAUCGACAGUUCGUCCACCCUCACAUUGCCAGAUUAUACGAGGUCAUAGUCACGGAAAAUUUGGUCUGGUUAGUUCUGGAAUACUGUGCUGGUGAUGAAUUGUACAACUACCUGCUAGAACACGGCCCUCUUCCCGUCCACAAAGUCCAGAAAAUCUUUGCCCAGCUCGUUGGCGCUGUCGCCUACGUACAUCAGCAAUCAUGCGUCCACCGCGAUCUGAAGCUAGAGAACAUUCUGUUUGACAAGCAUGAAAAUGUUAAGCUUGUUGAUUUUGGUUUCACGAGAGAGUACGAGGGCAAGUCGAACCACCUACAGACCUUUUGUGGUACUAUAUGCUACUCGGCACCCGAGAUGCUCAAGGGCGAGAAAUACGCAGGAGAGAAGGUCGAUGUUUGGAGCUUGGGCGUCAUCCUCUACGCUUUGUUGUGCGGAGAACUCCCUUUUGACGAUGACGACGACAACGUUACACGGACGCGAAUUCUGAGCGAAGAACCGAAAUACCCCGACCACUUGCCCUUGGCUGCCAUACCGUUGAUCAAGUCUCUCCUCUCCAAACGGCCCUUGCUCAGGCCUUCGCUUCCGGAAAUUCUGUCGCACCCGUUCCUCGCCGAGCAUGCCCCAACGCAGCACGCGAUUCUUAAGCUGCAACGACCACCACCAUUUGCGACGUCGUUGGAGAAGGAGACCUUGCAGCGCAUGCGAAGCGCGGGCGUCGACAUUGACUCUGUAAUCGAGAGUGUUCUCUCCCAACGGUGCGACGCUUUGGCUGGCUGGUGGACCUUACUCCUUGAGAAGGAGGCGCGGAAAGUGCGCAGAAGAGAGAGGAAACGUCGCGAGCGAGAGGCCGAGAACAGGAGUCUGCGGCGUCUGUCUGCCGCAUCAAGCAGGCUGGAGCGAGUUGCGCCAGUGCUCCAAGAGGUCGAUGAGGAUGGUGGACUGACAAACCGAUUCAUCAGACUCGAGGACGCACCGAUAACACCAAAAGCAAGAGGUCGUUCGGAAAGAAGAAGCGCACACUGUUCUGAUUUUGGAGAUCUGCCCGGUCUCCCAGAACAUAGCAAAGAGAAUGGGAGCCCAAAUAUGGAGGAACCCCCACCCCCGAUUGAUAAGGAUUCGAUCCGGUCUGCUAGUACGUCCAGAAAUCGGCGCCCAGUACCGCCCCCUAAGGAAGGGUUCAUUCGAAGCGCGAGAUCUCGGGGUUCGACCCUUCACCUGGUGACAACUUCGGAAGCCUUGGCUGCUAACGGGACGCCAGAGCGACCCCCUGAACAGCAACAAAAAGUCCGAAAGAAGCCUUCGCAGGCUCUUAUCGCCCAUUGGAAGAACUGGACGCACUGGUUCUUCGAGAACACUCGCCGGGGAAGGAAUGCGAACAAGAGAGGAAGCCACUCGACACCGAACCUCGUCGAUAAGAACGGCAGCACAGGGGGUGGCAGCAAGCAUUCAAAAGACACUAGUCCGCGACCGCAGACGAGUAGACACCCGACAACCGACGGUACGGUAACCCAAGCGAAAGCCGGGCUUCCCCGUGGAGUUACGUCUAAUGGCCGUGUAAACAAGCCACUUCCUGGUCACGGGGGCUCUGGCGGCUUCGGCACCAGUCCAGCAUCGACUGGAACAUCGACACCCGGGCACAUGCCCUCCCGGAUAACUACGAAUUACAAACGACAGUCACUGUCCCCAUCUCCUAUGACACCCCGAUCUACUAUGCGACGCUCUUCAGCAGGACUGCGGGGCCGCAAGUCUACUUCUUCAUCGGUAUCUUCUAUUCGUUCAAUGCCUCACCAUCACCAUUCCCACUCCAAGGCUUCUUCAACAAGCUCCAAUGGGUCUGUGUCCACAUCAAUGUCUAAAAACACGCUACAACGGGGCCAUUCACCUCAUCAUUCUUCUGUCAAGGUUCUACCUGCCACCCCGACAUCCUCGGCAUUUCCGUCCAACAUUCGUCUUGUGCGUGGCCCUGGCCCUCCGGCUCCUCUCGCUUUGUUCAACGAGGGCAUGCCAUCCAGACCAGGAGCAGCGCAAACACCAGGCUCACCAAAUCCUUUCGCACAGGGCGGGGGAAUCUUGUUCGCCAGGCGCAAGCGGAACAUCUUUAAAGGCCCCAUGCUGGCCUUUGGUGGGAAUAAUGCGGGCAGCGCCACGAGGAGCACUAGCUCCAGCCAUUCACGCAGCGCCAGCGCAUCGGGGAUGGGACGCCGAUCUGGUGAAGUCACUAUCCAAGAGGAGGAGGAAGACGACGAGGCAGAGGAAGAGGUCGAAGAGGUGGACGCCUUCAGCCCCGUCGUUGGGGGGCCUGGAGAGCGCAUUGAAGAACAAAUCUACGAGGACGGCGAGGCGCCGGUCAAGAAGACCAAGUCUGCCGACAAAAAGACCGAUGGCCCUCCUGUUACACCAAAGGCAACCUCCCCGCCAGUCCCAACGUGA